AUGGCUACGAGAAGGGGUAUCCUGCUGGCGAUGGCCGUCGCCGCGGCCGCCGGCCUUGCGCCCAAAGCCGUAAAGUCGCACACGUCGCACGACCGCACAUAUGGCAUUAUUCACAGCAAGCUGCCCUACAACGAGGAGAACGCCAAGGCGAUGCUCGGGCACAUCGCCAAUCAAACGGCCAAGAGCGGUUUCAACGCCGUUGGUAUGUACGCCGGCGGCUCGAAGACCGGGCACAACGCUACUAAAAUGAUCGGUGUUCACACGAAGGAGUUAAACAACAUCGGCAUCCGCGACCUCGCCGACGGCGACGACAAGGUGCUCUCCAUCGCAGUCGUCUGGCCGUCCGUAGACGAGCGGUUCACGGCCGACGGCGACAAGCACGACGGGGAAACCGGCGCCGAGGAAAACUGGUGCAAGAACGCGCACGCGGCCUUUGGUAAUAAGCUGCAGGAAUUCAACGUUGAUGAGUGCGGCAAGAACGUCACGACCGGCUUAAACGGCCAGCUCGCCCUCUACCUCGUCCUCAGCACAGUCCCCGUCGACAAGAGCCUGCCGCGCGACCUAAGACUUGAAGCGGAGCGCCUCGGCGAGUACAAGGUUGGCGCUCGUGGGAAACAGAUGAGCUACACGGAAGAACAGAUCGCCUUCGUCGUCGACUGCAGUGUACAAAUCACGCGACGACGACGCGACGUCGACUCACAGAUUGAUAAAUUUGCACACAGGUCGCCCAUGUGGCGUCGAAGGGCGACGAGGAUCGCGACUGGGGCGGGCUCGCCGACGGCUACCUGCUGAAGUUCGGCGGGGACCGGUCACACCGCGACGCUUUGCGUUACAAUCUCCGGGCGUUGUACGUGCGGUACGCGUCGGAACGGCCUGAUGCGCCGCCGGUCAAGCAGCCACCACUCUUUCCAGUCGAAGCCUCCGUCCUCUCGGAUGAUGAGUUACGCGAGUGCGCCGAGCACGCCGACGCCAUCGUCGACUCGCCCGAGGCCCAGGCCGCGCGGGAGGCUGAGUGGGCGGCUCUGACUCCCGUCGAACGCUCCUCGUACGCACCUAAGACCGCGAAGGCUCGGCCGAAGCCGAAACUACGUUCCUCUUAUCCUGGCUUUGAGCACAAAGUCGUCGACGCGGCCGGCGUUAUAGUCAACACGACAUCUGGUCCCAGGAAAUACCUCGGAGCGGGAACGAAGGUCAUGGAGGGCCACGUGUCGACAAAGAACCUUCGCGAGGGCGAGUGCUUCAUCAGGAAACCAGUCUUGGGCUGGGUGCCUCUCGAAUCGCUCGGGCUUCAGCGAUUCGAGUUCGGACCUCAGCCUGCGCUACGUUCCAUUUAUCCUGACGUUGAACGCAAAGUCGUCGACGCGGCCGGCGUUUUAGUCAACACGACAUCUGGACCAAAAUACCUCCCAGCAGAGACGACGGUCAUGGAGCGUCACCUCUGUAUCGGGAACCUUCGCGAGGGUGAGUGCUACCUCGUCGAACCCGUCGAGGGCUGGGUACCUAUCGAAUCGCUCGGGAUUCCGCAUGAAUUUGUCGGAUUUGUCCGCGCCCACGACCGAUUCAUUGCUGAAAAGCGCUACGAAGAGUUGGUACAAGUGUGGAGAUCAAAUUUCACGCGCAUCUCAAGCCAUCGACGCGACAUCUGAUUUCCACACAGGCACAAGGCCGCGUUCGAGAAGGAGAAGGAGAAGUUCAUCGCGGCCGCCGCGGAGGCUGCUGUUCCCACGGCCACUGACGUUGAGAUGACAGAGUCUCCGGUUUCGGAUUUGAAGUUGGAAGACUUCGAAGGAAAACGCGUGCGCGUCAGUAAGCCCCGGCGCGGACCACAAUUUUAUGGCGCGACGUCUACUCACUUGUUGAUUUCCAUACAGGCUGCCCGAAGGAAUUCACGCACGACAACUGGGCGCUCAUACUGACCGACGUGCUGGACGUAUCGAAGGUUUCUAGGAGCAAGGCGUGCAAAAAGGACGACUACGUCAUCGCUCCUUCGGGCGCGACGUCGGACUCCAUUAGAUUUGCUGAAAGGUCGUCGACCUCGACCAAAUUGAUCGCGGAGGAGGACCUGUGCCGACUCCUGCCGGACAACGCGCUCGAGACGGUGAUUGCCUCGGUAGUGGGCACCCUGCCGGCCGUGAAGCGCGGCCGCGUCGACGAUUUGAAGGGCGCCAAGGACGUGGUCAUCUGUGUGGAAAUCAAAUCUCGGGCGCCCCACCCGUCGACGCGACAUAUUUCCGUAACUGGGUCUGCGCGAUGGCUUAAGAGUCUACGCCAUCGACGCGACGAUGUCCCAGUGACCUAACUCACUGGUUGAUUCCACACAGGUGGUCAUUACCGGCCACGUCGAAGGCUUCGACGACAAGGCCGCGGUCUGCGAGUACCUGAUGACCCGCGGCGUCGCCUCCACGAGUAACGCCAUGACGUCCAGGACGACGCUAGUCAUCCAGGGCACGCUGCCCGCGAAGCACCAGCUGAGCGCGAAGCUCAUCGCGGCGCGGCGCCGAUACAUCAAGGUGCUCCAGGCGUCGCAGCUCGACGUCCUCGUGUCGAAGAAGAGCAGCAAGCGCAAGCCUCCGUCGACGUCGCGGAGCACGCGGUCCUCGAAGAAGCAGGCCUGA